AUGUGCGUGUGUGUUGCUACGCACCGUGUAGAGAAGGGAAGGGGUUGGGGGGAAGCAGGGAAGGGGAUGGGGGGAAGCAGGGAAGGGGAUUGGGGGAAGCAAGGAAGGGGAUGGGGGGAAGCAGGGAAGGGGAUGGGGGGAAGCAGGGAAGGGGAUGGGGGAAAGCAGGGAAGGGGAUGGGGGAAAGCAGGAAAGCAGGGCGCAGGGAGAGGGGAAGGGGAAGCAGGACUUAGGGAGGGGGGAAGCAGGGCGGAGGGAGGGGGGAAGCAGGGCGGAGGGAGGGGGGAAGCAGGGCGGAGGGAGGGGGGAAGCAGGGCGGAGGGAGGGGGGACCCAAGGCGGAGGGAGGGGGGAAGCAGGGAGGAUGGAGGGGGGAAGCAGGGAGGAGGGAGGGGAGAAGCAGGGAGGAGGGAGGGGGGAAGCAGGGGGAAGGGAGGGGGGAAGCAGGGAGGAGGGAGGGGGGAAGCAGCCCGUUCCCUUCCUGUCCACCGCCCAUCAAUCAAGCUUUCAAUGUGACACCAUCCCCCCCUCAGCUGGUCAUCCCCCUCUGUCCCUCCCGCUCUGCCCAUCACAUCAGUAG